AAAAGAAAAGAAGAAAUGAAAGAAAACGAGCAGAGACUGAAUUCUUUGAAGACUGAACUAUAGUCAUUGAAGAGAAAUCUAUAGGAGGGUCAGAACAACAUGAAAAGAGAAUCACUAUGGAGAAAUCUAUAGAAGAAACAAUCAUCAAGGAUGAACUCAAAGUAGAGACUGAAUUCUUUGAAGACCAAACUAUAAUUGUUGAAGAGAAAUCUACAGGAGAGGCAAUCGUCGAGGAUGAACUCGAAGCAGCAAAAAUCAGAGGAGCUUUAGUUUAAGGGGGCAUGUUGGUAAGUGUGGUGAACAAGUCUAGGACCGCGCCGUACUGUUACAAAACCAGAGGGUCUUAAUAGUAAUUGUACCUGGGGGUACAAAAACCCACAAGAAUCUAUUAUAUAAGAUGAGUGUAUCCUGGACACUGUUGGUGUGAUUGCAGUGAAACUGAUUAGAUUACACCAACAGUGUAUGCUUGACACUGUUGGUGUGAUUGCAUUCGAUAGAAGGGGUGAUGUUUAUCUUACAGGAGCAGUUGUUUGCAAGUCAUGCUGUUGCUGGCGUCAGUUCAAUUGCUUUAGGCACGGCUGUGUCUUACCCCCUUGACACUAUCAAACUGCUUAUCCAGGUUGGUUCUGGCUCCAAUAAACAAUUAACCGCUACUCAGGCUUUGGUUAGACUGCGAACUCUAUCAGGAUAUUCUGGUUUUUACAGUGGUUUUGGGUGGUUAACUUUGGGAAGAAUUUUUGGUGUGGGAACCCGUUUUGGAGUUUAUGAAAUUUUGACAGCAUUUUACAAAGAUGGUCGAGAAGACAGUUAUGUUUCUGUCUCUGAAGCCCUAAUGGCUGGAAUGGCAGCUGGUGCUGUGGAAUCUCUCAUAAUCUCUCCAUUUGAACUUAUGAAAGUUCGGGCACAAGUGUCCUCUGCCUCUCAAAUUCAAAGCGCUUCAUCUGUUGCAAUAAAUGGAACUGUUGCACCUUUUUCUAGAAGAUUACUUCAUGGAUAUACUCCUGAUUUGAAGGCACUGAACCACUCUGCUGGCCUUUUGUCUAUAUUGACUACCAAACAUCCAAAUUUGAUUGGGGCCUUACAAGAAUUCCCUUGGAUGAUGACUGGAUCUGGAAGGCCACCAUCAGUAUGCAAUGUCAGGAGGCCAUCUGACAUUGUCUCUUUGGAAGGAUGGGGUGCAUUGUGGAGAGGUCUGAGGCCUGGAGUUGUUCGUGAUUCUGUUUUUGGUGGCAUAUUCUUUUCUAGCUGGCAAUUCCUGCACCGAGCAAUGCUUGACUGGAAAGCUGUUGGGAUGCAUCCUGAACCCAGGUCUGAUGAAGAAAUUGGUCCUCUUUCUCCUUUAGCUGUUAGUGUUGCAGCUGGAUUUUCUGGUACAGUUGCUGCUGCUGCAUCUCAUGGUUUUGACACCGCAAAAAGCCGAUCACAGUGUGUUGUGUUGCCCAAGUAUGUUUCCAUGGAGAGGAAGAUGCUGAAAUGGACCCGACCCGGGAAGAGGUUUGAGAGACUUACAGGGAUCCACCCUUCAGAUAGGACUGUUUUGUUCCGGGGAAUUUGGUUGCGGAUGGCACGGAGUGGGCUUGCAUCGUUCAUGAUUGUGGGUAGUUAUUUCUUAGCCCUUGAUCAUCUCGUUCCUAGUUGAAUAAAUUGGCAGAGGAGAUUUGGGGCAGCCAUUCUACUUAUAUUUAUUUCCAUGGGGUGGCUUGCAGUUCUUUUCCAAUAGCAAAGCGGACUGACUGUAACAUGAUUCAGUUAUAAGGGUUAAAUGAGGUAGGAAAAAAAAAAGAAAAACCUAGCUCAAAGGCAUGCAAAUAUUUCUGUGUCAUGGACUGAAUAAUGAGCAAAUGCAAUUUUUGAAGAUAAUUUUCUUGUUUGGAGAA